UAAUAUAUAUGCUGCUCACUGCAGUUGCAGGACAUUGUCCUCAACCAAACUGCACUGUAGCUUUCAUUAUAACCACUGCAAAACAAAUUGCUUGCUGAAACAAAAUGGAUUGGACGGAGCCGAUUCCAGUGUUGUUCCUCUUUAUCCUUAUGAUUUCCUUUGUUUUGAAACUGGGCACUUUCUGGAACAAGAGCUGCCAAAAUCUUCCACCAGGACCAAGGCCUUUACCUCUCAUUGGGAAUCUCCACAUCAUGGAUCGCAAGAGGCCUUACAGAACCAUGUUAAAGUUGUCAAAGCAGUAUGGCCCUGUCUUCAGCAUCCAAAUGGGACCCCAGAAAACUGUGGUGUUGACAGGAUAUGAGACAGUAAAGGAGGCUCUGGUUAAUCAGGCGGACGCAUUUGCUGACAGGCCCAUCAUUCCAAUGUUUCAAGAGCUUGCACAAGGCUUUGGUGUAGUUUUUUCUAAUGGUGAAAACUGGAAAGUGAUGCGGCGGUUUGCUUUAAGCACAUUACGGGACUACGGAAUGGGAAAGAGGACCAUAGAGGACAGAAUUGUUGAGGAAUGCAGUGUCCUGAUAAAGAAAUUUGAAUCUUACGAAGGAAACCCAUUUGAGACCACCACAAUUAUGAAUGCAGCUGUUGCCAAUAUAAUAGUGGCCCUACUACUAGACAAGAGAUUUGAUUAUGAAGAUCCCACAUACAUAAGACUUCUGAAGUUGGUCAAUGAAAAUAUCCGGCUCGCCGUAAGCUUUUCAGUCACGCUGUAUAACAUGUUUCCUGCUCUUGGUUUUCUUCUGGGGGCUUGUAAGACUAUCAAGCAAAACAGAGAUGAGCUGUUUGCCUUCAUAAAUGCCACCUUCAUAAAACACCUCAGAGAUCUGGAUGAAAAUGACCAGAGGAGCUUUAUUGACUCAUUUCUUAUCCAACAGCAAGAGGAGGAGAAGAAGAAGAAGACGAAUGCAUAUUUCCACAACGAAAACUUAAAAGCUGUUGUGGCCAACUUAUUUGGUGCUGGCAUGGAGACCACUUCUACCACACUGCGCUGGGGACUGUUACUAAUGAUGAAAUAUCCUGAAAUUCAGAUAAAGGUCCAAGAAGAAAUUGCAAAGGUUGUUGGAUCUUCUCAGCCAAGGAUUGAACACCGAACAAAAAUGCCUUAUACAGAUGCCGUGGUCCAUGAGAUCCAGCGGUUUGCCAAUAUCGCCCCAACCAACCUGCCACAUGCCACGACUACAGAUGUCACCCUUAAUGGCUACUUCAUUCCAAAGGGGACAUACAUCAUACCAUUGCUGUCCUCUGUGCUGCACGAUGAAUCUCAAUGGGAGAAACCACAUAAAUUCUAUCCUGAGCAUUUUCUUAACUCUGAAGGGAAAUUCGUAAAGAGAGAUGCUUUCAUGCCUUUCUCUGCAGGUCGGAGAGCAUGUUUAGGUGAGACUCUUGCCAAAACGGAGCUCUUCCUCUUCUUCACUAGUCUCCUGCAGAGAUUCACCUUCCAGCCACCCCCAGGAACAUCUCAAGAAGACCUGGACCUUACUCCUGCUGUUGGGCUUACAACACCACCCAUGCCCCACCAGCUCUGUGCUCUGCCACGUUUCUAAGACUCACAAGCUCCUGGCUUGCUUUGCUUACCUGUGUGUGCAAUGCAAGCCUUUCUUAAAACACACCUGUUCUGCAAGGGUAUUUGGGUUGAGUAGCCUAGUGGUGGAAUUGGUGCAAGCUUUGUCACAAACCUGAAGUGUUCCCCUUUAACUGCCAUACUGCCGAAUCCCGUGAAACUAAUACUGGAGCAUCUCUUAAAUUAAACCUGGCCCUGAGUUCUUAUGACACUUGAGGCAUAGAGAUCAAUCAACAAAUCUGGUUGCAUGUAUUCCCAUGUUAACAUAUACUUUCAAAGAUCUUGAAGCAUCAUAUUCCCAGGUAGAUGUGCAGAGAAUUGUGAUCAAGACGAAAAAGGGUCUGGAAACCGUGCCUUAUGAGGAAUGGUUGAGGAAGUUGGGUAUGUUAACAUCUGUGGCUGCAAUGUAUUCUGAUUCUGAACUGUAUUUGUUGUUGUCAGGCAAUGGCUUUGUUUCCUCCGGGUUCUUUAAAAAGUGUGUAAUAAUAGAUCUGGCAACUGGCUUUGCUUCUGGCAUCUCCAUGCUGCCAAUUAAUUCUGUGACUUUCUGCUUCUGGCUUAGAACAGGGACGUCCAACUCCCACGAGAUUGCGAUCUACUCAUGGGGGGGGGGGACUGGAAGCCAAAGUUGUUGAGCUUCUUUUAGAGAGGAAAGUUCCAUUUGGGGGGGUUAAGGCCAAGCUUGUUGAGCCUUUUUUAUGGAGAAAAUCUCCGUUAUUAAGGGGGAAAUGUUUACUAGAGUAAAGGGGAGAGGGGAUUAGUCAUUCACCAAAAGAUCGCUAUGGAAACAAUUUGCCUCACAGUGAAAACUCCGUCUUCUGUUCCAGCGAUCAGCUGAAAAUGGUGGGCGGGGAGAGGGAAAGGGCCAGCUGCUCUGAGGCAAAAACAAAGGAAAAGGAGCCAGGAAUCGACUAGAACCUCCCGGGUAUCGAUCAGUCGAUCCCGAUCAACCUGUUGGUUAUCCCUGGAAUAAAACAACCAUCUUCCAUCUUCUCUCUGUAUCUGAAUGAACUUUCUCUGAGAGUCUGGAUUAGCUUAAGGCUUUCCUCAUCAAUGGAAUUCUGACUGGUCACAUGAAAAAUGAAAAUGGUGGAAAUGUGUCAAAUUCAAAAUCAAAACUUCAAUCUCCACAAGAGGAAAAACUCAAAACCUUCUCUGCCUAGCUUCUGCUCUGAGAGGGAAGAGGGAUCUAAUCCCUUUCACACUGGAGUCAGUGGAAGUCACCAUGGUCUCACCAGGAAAUAGAAAAAAAUGCCUGCUUUGAAUCUCUCUUCUCUCUUAAGAAACUCCAGCCACACCCACUAUAAUACUUUGAAUUUUGUCUUCACUGGGCCCCAUAACCUUUGUAGGAAUGGAUUUAGGCACUAUGAGAGGAUGUACUGCUUAGUUAUUAUCCUUCCUUGCUCACAUUCUUGCAUGUCAUAUGCUCUAAUGUAUACAAAGAUAUACCCUAAUGCCACCAUGUUCAACAGUUUCAAGAUGAAAAUGAAUAAAAACUAUGCUAAAAAGAAAAAUAUGUGUGA